CAAAAAAAAAAAAAAAAAGAUCUUGACUGGGGAGGCCGGAAGUUUGAGGGGAGUAGGGAGGGCAGGCUAUUGGUGGAAAGAGAGAUACAUUUAGAAGAAGGAGGUUGGAGACGCUCAUGGCAGACUGCUUAUUCUGCCCCUUUGCAGUUGAGGAGCCUGGGCCCUUCAUCCAGGGUAACACUGUCCAGAGAAGUAAAAUAAAUAAAUACAUAAAAUGGGAGCCACAAGUACAAUUUAAAGUUUUCUAGUAACCACAUUACAACAAAUAGAAAGAAACAGGUGACAUGAAUUUUAAUAGUAUAUUUUCCUUGACUAAACAUACCCCAAAUGUUAUUAUUUCAACAUGUAAUUAAGAUACAAAUGUUUAUGAGAUUUUGACAUUCUUUUUCCCUAUUGUCUUCAGUGUGCAGUGUGGGAUGAAAUUUUAUACUGGUAGCAACCUCCGUUUGGGUGAGAGAUGUUUCCGGUACCCAAUAGUCAUGUAUGACUGGUGGCUCCUAUACUGGGCAGCACAGAUCUAGAGCUUAUCACUGGGAGGCAGUGGUGGUAGGAGGUUUGGGGCUUCCCAGAGGGCAAGGAACCUCUAGGACCUGGAGGUGUGGGCAGAGGUGGGCAGACAGAGGCCUUACAAGGGGAGCGACAAGCAUAUCAGUGAGCUUUGUGCUCGAGAUUUGACAUCCCUGAUUGGUGGUGGUAGCUGAGGCAUGGCGUGGCACUGAUCGAUCCCAUGCCAGACUCAAACAUGUCUCUGGGCUGUCAAUUCUGUCACUUCUGUGUCACUGUACUAGGGAACCAUACACAUGGGAAGACUUCAAGGGCACCAACAUGAGAACAAUAUUCCCUUCCUUGCCAAAACUCCUGUCUUGUUAGCCUGAAAUUCUACCACCUGGCACUUUAGCUUAAGGCUCAACUACCUCUCUCUUGGGAAUGAGAACCCUUUCAGCUAUUAUCAGUCCCUUAUACCUUCCUGUGAAUGAGCUCUAGAUCCUUAGCUAAGAGAAGGUCUUGAGGGGGAGGCUGGGCAGUUUGAGGGAAGUAGGGAGGGAAGGGUGGAAAGAGAAAUACAUUUAGAAAAAGAUGAGGUUGGAGGUGCUAACAGCAGCAUGCUCAUUCUGCAGAUUUGACUCUAAGUUCCUGGAGCGGAGGGACCAUGUCUCACCCACAGGGACAUUCGACCAUCCAGUGCCGACCGCAGGGAAGGGGUUCAGCACACAUGGCCAAUUUAUGUUUCUGCACUAAAGUCAGUCUAGUGGGUUCCCCUGGAGGGAUCCUUUCAGUGCCACCCUGGGGAGAAGAGGAACUUUCCUGAAUGUUCGCGGUAGCCUCUUGCACUUCCCCGCUCUCUGGAUUCCUUAGAGGACUAGAGACCCAAGAAGGCCCAUAUGUCUGUAAGACAUUAGGCUUUGGAUUAAAAAAAGAGAGAGAAAUUUGGCGGCAGGCAAAAGGAAGGCCCUGUGAGAAAGCUGGAGCCUGCCCAGCCAUUGCCUCGGGCCCCAGCCCUGAAGGGCAUCUGCCUUUCCGAGGCGCGGUUUCUGGCAACUUCUUGAUUUUCGUGAGCAUUUCUGUAGCAGAAAUGUGCAGAUCCUGGGGGAGGCGGGAGGGCUAGAGUGGCAGGCUCAUCCUGUCCACCCUUUAGCUCUCCCCUGCUCAGAAGUUUUGCUGGGGAUGUGAUGAAGAUGGAAGCGGUGGCAGUGCCGUGGCCGAUGGCCAGCUGGGAGGGAGAGCGACAUCCGUGGGCACCACUCCACUCAGGCUUUGCGUUACCCUCACUGCUGUGGCUCUUGAUCCCAAUCCAAAAUAAUGACAUUUAGCAAGGAUACAUGUCAGGGCCCUGGAUCGGGUUAAAAAGAUCCUGCACGCCAGUGAUGGCCUGAGAGGCCAGCCCACCAGCUCAUGUGAAACGAGACCAAACCCCAGCUCACCAGCUUGGGGUUUCGGGUACCCCUGAGCUCUGAACAAGUGAGCGCUGUUGCACCCUGCUGUGUAAGAGCUGCUGCUAGCUGAGGCCACAGAAGGAAGGGCUGUAGUGACAUCCAGUGCUGAGGAGGAGGGGGCUCUGUGCCAGGCAGAGCCAUGCAGAGCAGGGCCCUUGGGGCUGGCCCCAUGGCAAGCAGGGCACGCUGGACCAGUAGCACAGGCCCUGAUGAGAGACAGAUGGAAGAUCCCGUUUAGACUACAGAGAGGACUGGCAGCGGGGCGGGGGGUUGGGGGUGAUGCAAGAGCUGUCUUCCUUCACCUGGCUGGGGGCCUGUCACCUGCAGGAUAAGGUCACUAAUCCCAGCAAAUAGCCUGUUAGCUCAUCUAAGUCCCACACUGCUGUGAUGAUUUCAGGCAAGAAAACAUGGCUCAGAGAGGCUAAGUGACUUCCCUAAGAUCACACAGCCAGUUAGUGGCAGAACUGGGACAUGAACUCAGAUCUCUCUGACUCAAAUCCAUGCACUUGAACCCCAGACUAGCAUUUUCAGUAUAACUUCCUAGGGCAGAGCCCGGUGGCUGUGUUUCGGAAGGCCUUGCCUUUCCAGCCAAGUGUGCAGUUCAUCGGUAGACUGGAGGGCUGGGUCCCGGUUGUGGCUCCUCUUCUUCCCUGGCCCUUGCUCUUCCGGGAUGACCUUGGGAUGCUCAACUAACCUCUGUCUCUUUCUCUUUGUCUGUGUCUGUCUGUCUCCCUCUCUCUCCGCCUCUCUUCGGGGAGGGAGGUUUUCCCUUCUUCUCUUUCAUCUUCUGUAUGUGUGCCCCUCCGUCCCUCCUGUCUGUCCAUCUACCUCUCUCCAAACCUCUGUUUCCCUACCUGUGCUUGUCCUGGUCUCUCCGCAGGACCCUCCGGUGGACAUGGGUGGGGCCCUGGGGCCGGCCCUGUUGCUCACCUCGCUCUUCGGUGCCUGGGCGGGGCCGGGGCCGGGGCAGGGUGAGCAGGGCAUGACGGUGGCCGUGGUGUUUGGCAGCUCGGGGCCGCCCCAGGCCCAGGUCCGUGCCCGCCUCACCCCCCAGAGCUUCCUGGACCUGCCCCUGGAGAUCCAGCCACUCACAGUGGGGGUCAACAACACCAACCCCAGCAGCCUCCUCACCCAGAUCUGCGGCCUCCUGGGUGCUGCCCGCGUCCACGGCAUUGUCUUUGAGGACAACGUGGGCACCGAGGCGGUGGCCCAGAUCCUUGACUUCAUCUCCUCCCAGACCCAUGUGCCCAUCCUCAGCAUCAGCGGAGGCUCCGCUGUGGUCCUCUCCCCCAAGGAGCCGGGCUCCGCCUUCCUGCAGCUGGGCGUGUCCCUGGAGCAGCAGCUGCAGGUGUUGUUCAAGGUGCUGGAAGAGUACGACUGGAGCGCCUUCGCGGUCAUCACCAGCCUGCACCCGGGCCACGCGCUCUUCCUGGAGGGCGUGCGCGCUGUCGCCGACGCCAGUCACCUGAGCUGGCGGCUGCUGGACGUGGUCACGCUAGAGCUGGGCCCGGGAGGGCCGCGCGCGCGCACCCAGCGCCUGCUGCGCCAGCUCGACGCGCCCGUGUUCGUGGCCUACUGCUCGAGCGAGGAGGCCGAGGUACUCUUCGCCGAGGCGGCGCAGGCCGGCCUGGUGGGGCCCGGCCACGUGUGGCUGGUGCCCAACCUGGCGCUGGGCAGCACCGAUGCGCCCCCUGCCACCUUUCCUGUGGGCCUCAUCAGCGUCGUCACCGAGAGCUGGCGCCUCAGCCUGCGCCAGAAGGUCCGCGACGGCGUGGCCAUUCUGGCCCUGGGCGCCCACGGCUACCGGCGCCAGCACGGAACCCUGCCAGCCCCAGCCGGGGACUGCCGCGCUCACCCUGGGCCCGUCAGCCCUGCCCGGGAGGCCUUCUACAGGCACCUACUGAAUGUCACCUGGGAGGGCCGAGACUUCUCCUUCAGCCCUGGUGGGUACCUGGUCCAGCCCACCAUGGUGGUGAUCGCCCUCAACCGGCACCGCCUCUGGGAGAUGGUGGGGCGCUGGGAGCAUGGCAUCCUAUACAUGAAGUACCCUGUGUGGCCUCGCUACAGUGCCUCUCUGCAGCCCGUGGUGGACAGUCGGCACCUGACGGUGGCCACGCUGGAAGAGAGGCCCUUUGUCAUCGUGGAGAGCCCCGACCCUGGCACAGGAGGCUGCGUCCCCAACACCGUGCCCUGCCGCAGGCAGAGCAACCACACCUUCAGCAGCGGGGACGUGGCCCCCUACACCAAGCUCUGUUGUAAGGGAUUCUGCAUCGACAUCCUCAAGAAGCUGGCCAGGGUGGUCAAAUUCUCCUACGACCUGUACCUUGUGACCAACGGCAAGCAUGGCAAGCGGGUGCGCGGCGUAUGGAACGGCAUGAUUGGGGAGGUGUACUACAAGCGGGCAGACAUGGCCAUCGGCUCCCUCACCAUCAAUGAGGAGCGCUCCGAGAUCGUAGACUUCUCUGUGCCCUUCGUGGAGACGGGCAUCAGUGUGAUGGUGGCUCGCAGCAAUGGCACCGUCUCCCCCUCGGCCUUCCUGGAGCCAUAUAGCCCUGCGGUAUGGGUGAUGAUGUUUGUCAUGUGCCUCACCGUGGUGGCCAUCACCGUCUUCAUGUUCGAGUACUUCAGCCCCGUCAGCUACAACCAGAACCUCACUAGAGGCAAGAAGUCCGGGGGCCCAUCUUUCACCAUUGGCAAGUCUGUGUGGCUGCUGUGGGCGCUGGUCUUCAACAACUCGGUGCCGAUCGAGAACCCGCGGGGCACCACCAGCAAGAUCAUGGUUCUGGUCUGGGCCUUCUUUGCUGUCAUCUUCCUCGCCAGCUACACGGCCAACCUGGCCGCCUUCAUGAUCCAGGAGCAAUACAUCGACACUGUGUCGGGCCUCAGUGACAAGAAGUUUCAGCGGCCUCAAGAUCAGUACCCACCUUUCCGCUUUGGCACGGUGCCCAACGGCAGCACAGAGCGGAACAUCCGCAGUAACUACCGUGACAUGCACACCCACAUGGUCAAGUUCAACCAGCGCUCGGUGGAGGACGCGCUCACCAGCCUCAAGAUGGGGAAGCUGGAUGCCUUCAUCUAUGAUGCUGCUGUCCUCAACUACAUGGCAGGCAAGGACGAGGGCUGCAAGCUGGUCACCAUUGGGUCUGGCAAGGUCUUUGCCACCACUGGCUACGGCAUCGCCAUGCAGAAGGACUCCCACUGGAAGCGGGCCAUAGACCUGGCACUCUUGCAGUUCCUGGGGGACGGAGAGACACAGAAACUGGAGACAGUGUGGCUCUCAGGGAUAUGCCAGAAUGAGAAGAACGAGGUGAUGAGCAGCAAGCUGGACAUCGACAACAUGGCAGGUGUCUUCUACAUGCUGCUGGUGGCCAUGGGGCUGGCCCUGCUGGUCUUCGCCUGGGAGCACCUGGUCUACUGGAAGCUGCGCCACUCGGUGCCCAACACAUCCCAGCUGGACUUCCUGCUGGCUUUCAGCAGGGGCAUCUACAGCUGCUUCAGCGGGGUGCAGAGCCUGGCCAGCCCACCGCGGCAGCCCAGCCCGGACCUCACGGCCAGCUCAGCCCAGGCCAGCGUGCUCAAGAUGCUGCAGGCGGCCCGCGACAUGGUGACCACGGCGGGCGUGAGCAGCUCCCUGGACCGCGCCACUCGCACCAUCGAGAACUGGGGUGGCGGCCGCUGUGCGCCCCCACCGCCCCCCUGCCCGACCCCGCGGUCUGGCCCCAGCCCAUGCCUGCCCACCCCCGGCUCGGCCCCAGAGCCGAGCCCCAGGGGCUGGAGACCGCCAGGCGGGGGUCGCGCGGCGCUUGUGCGCAGGGCUCCGCAGCCCCCGGGCCGUCCCCCGACGCCGGGGCCGCCCCUGCCCGACGUCUCCCGAGUGUCGCGCCGCCCAGCCUGGGAGGCGCGGUGGCCGGUGCGGGCCGGGCACUGCGGGAGGCACCUCUCGGCCUCCGAGCGGCGCGCGCUCCCAGAGCGGCCCCUGUCGCCCGCGCGCUGUCACUACAGCUCCUUUCCUCGAGCCGACCGAUCCGGCCGCCCCUUCCUCCCGCUCUUCCCCGAGCCCCCGGAGCCGGAGGACCUGCCGCUGCUCGGGCUGGAGCAGCUGGCCCGGCGGGAGGCCCUGCUGCACGCAGCUUGGGCCCGGGGCUCGCGCCCGCGCCACGCUUCCCUGCCCAGCUCCCUGGCCGAGGCCUUCGCUCGGCCCAGCUCGCUGCCCGCUGGGUGCACCUGCCUCACCUGCGCCCGCCCCGACGGCCACUCGGCCUGCAGGCGCUUGGCGCAGGCGCAGUCGAUGUGCCUGCCGACUUACCGGGAGGCCUGCCAGGAGGGCGAGCAGGCAGGGGCCCCCACCUGGCAGCACAGACAGCAUGUCUGCCUGCACGCCCACGCCCACCUGCCGUUUUGCUGGGGGGCUGUCUGUCCUCACCUUCCACCCUGUGCCAGCCAGGGCUCCUGGCUCUCUGGGGCCUGGGGGCCUCUGGGGCACAGGGGCAGAACUCUGGGGCUGGGCACAGGCUACAGGGACAGUGGGGGACUGGACGAGGUCAGCAGGGUAGCCUGUGGGACGCAAGGCUUCCCGGGACCCUGCACCUGGAGGCGGAUCUCCAGUCUGGAGUCAGAAGUGUGAGUUAUCAGCCACUCGGGCUUCGAGCCAGCUGGAUUCUCUGCCUGGCACUGUCAGGAUUAAGCGGCAGGCAGGAUUGGGCUUUUCUCGCUUCUACCAUGAAAUCCUGGCCAUGGGACCCCAGUGACAGAUGAGAUCUUCCAUGGUCAUCAGUGACCUCAGUAGCCUCAAAUCGUGGUGAGGGUUGGGCUUCUGCUGUCCUCUUAUCAUGCAGAGUUCUGCCAGGAGGGUGUGCUGUGAGGGUCAGACCCCUGAGGCUCUCCCUGCCCUGGGGCUAGCCAGUUACUGGUCAUGGCUGCUGUGGGCAUGGAGACUGGAACUUGUGGUUGAGGCAGGGUCAUCCUGAUCCUUGCUCUACCUGGCUGGAGUUUCUUCUCAUCAGAGCACUGGGACAUUAAACCAACCUUUUACAACACA